UUAUGGCUGAACUUUGAAGCAAUUCAACCAUAUCAAAAUUAAAGAGUAUGAUAAUGCUAACUACAAUAAUUAUUUAAAAAAAUUAUAAAAGUUAACACUUUAACACUCUGAGCCAUCAUAGAAUUAUAAUUAUUUUUUUAUUAUAUAUUUAACCCUUACAGGUUCUAUAUAAACCCUUAUUUUCUUUUAUUAUCAUAUUCAUAUCCAAAACAAUUUACCAAAUCAUUACAUUUUUAUCCAAAUGAAGCUUUUAUUAUUAUUGUUAUUAUUAGUAGUAAGAAUAGACGUUAAUCUCUCCCGUGCAGCUUUCGGCCACAAAUAAUCAAAUCUGAUUCGAAAUUCUUUGUUGGAGCUUCUAUCCAAACUGAAAAUGUCACUGCUUUAAGUACAUUGACAUUGCUCUGUGCCCAUCUCCCCAGGUUCCCUUCGCUUCACUGGACUGCAACAUUUUUCCGCUUACUUUCAGGGCUUAUAUUUUAGAUGGAAUCUCAAGGUCAAGGGGAAGUGUGUUCACCUGAGACUCUUGCAUAUAUGGAGCUUGCAAUAGAACAGUUUGUCGUAUGGCAGGCAAAACAUGCUUUGGACUGUCUUGAAGUGCCAGUGGGUUGUGUGAUGGUUGAAAGUGGGAAUGUAAUUGCAUCUGGAAGAAAUCGAACCACAGAGACAAGAAAUGCUACAAGACAUGCAGAAAUGGAAGCAAUAGAUGUUCUUCUCGAGCAGUGGCAGAAAAAUGGACUUUCAGUGUCAGAAGUUGCUGAAAUUUUUUCAAAAUGCACUCUCUAUGUUACAUGUGAACCAUGUAUAAUGUGUGCUGCUGCUUUGUCUAUUCUUGGUAUAAAGGAAGUAUAUUAUGGCUGUGCAAAUGAUAAAUUUGGAGGCUGUGGGUCAAUAUUGUCUUUGCAUUCAAGCAGCAAUCAACCACAUAAUAGUGGGGAAGUUGCACAAGGAAAGGGUUUCAAAUGUACUGGUGGAAUAAUGGCAUCUGAAGCAGUCUCACUUUUGCGAUGUUUCUAUGAGCAAGGGAACCCUAAUGCACCAAAGCCUCACAGGUGUUAAAUGGCUUAAGGGAGGAGCCUCUAAAGAUUUGCUUUGUCUGACUCUUGCAUGUCCUUUUGAGCAGCCUUGCAAACUUGAUUGAAGGAAACUCUGUUGUUGUGCAUGUAAGGAGGAUGCAUCCCUAGGGUUAAAGUGUUUGGCCGAGAGAGUGCCACCGCCCUUGCUUGAGUGUGAGAUGCCUGCUGGGUUUUUGCUGCUCCUUUGCUUCCUCCCUCUGAAUGCGCAAAUCUAUGCUUGAAUGGUUCUCUGGCCUCAUGGCUUUCCUGAUUUACACAGUUGAUAAUGUUUUUAGCUUGAUUUGCUCUUUGGUUUUGCUGGUUCUGAUUGCCUCUCCCUAUCUAUCAUAUGGUCUUGGCUGAGCAAGACUAGAAAUGGAGCGCUGGUUGCCAUGUCUCAGGUCCUCAGCUGUGGGUGUUCCACCCGAUUGGGUAACCUUAGGGUUUUUGUCUGCCUUUUUAAAGCUGUCAAUGGAAAUUUUAUCUCUUGGGAAAAAAAAAAUGUUUUAAUUUGCUCAAUAUCAAUUGGUUGCAGUAUGUAAUAUGAAACAAACUUGAUAUUGUUUCAUGUGGCUUAUGGCCAAAAAGUAUUCACUAAUUGUCAAUUUAUUGAAUUUUAUUGUUUUGUUUUAUUUAAAUUAAA